AAGGUCCGAUUACCGCGCGCUCAGCCGCUCGCUAAUCGGGCGCUGUGAUUGGUCGGUGUUUUUCGUUAAUAAUUCAAAAGUGAAGCCUCCAUCAACAUUUUUGAAAAGGAAAUUGUUGUUCAGAAUCGUCUCAGCUACCCCCCAUUUCCGCUCCGUACAUUAAUUCUGGGGCACCCUGUAUGUUUGAAAAUGAACUUUUACAAUUUCAACACUUUAAAUAUCUAAUUUUUUGUUACCUUUUGUAAUCUACCAAUGAUUGCAAUGUAUCUAUGACUUUGAAUUGGAACCGACCACACGUCGUUUACUAUAGCUACGAUCCUUUUUUAUUUUUUUUAUUUUUUUUUUAGCGUGGGUGAAAUACAUUACGCACACGGUCCUGCCCGCUCAGCACAGGUUUCUCACUGCACGUGCGCGAGCGGCAGCCAUUAUUGAUAUCGCAGCGCGCAUGCGCAGAAUCCGGCAUCACAGCGCAGAUUCGAAUCAUUUAUACUCACGAUGAUCUAUCAUUCGCAAAGCACGCUUAAAUUAAUGAUCAGAGAAGAUAAAUGUCUCUAAAAAAAUUUUAACAAACAAAAAUACUAAUUUAACAUGCUUGGCAAGCAUAAAAGUUAGAAUGUACAGAUUGUGAUGCAAAACGUAACCUAAAAUAAACAACUUGUUCAUCAAUUUAUUUACUAAUCUGUACAAUAAAUUUGUACAGUAAAGAAUUUAGAAAGAUAUGAAUAAGAAAAUCGUCACUGCGUUUUAUCUGAUACUGAACAUAUUCUUCUCAAUAGUAAUUGUUCUGUUGAAUAAAUGGCUCUAUGUCCACACAGGCUUCCCAAACAUUACGUUGUCCAUGAUACAUUUUAUCAUGACUUUCGUGGGACUAAUAAUCUGCGAGAGAUUCGAUGUCUUUUCAAUAAAAGAUAUAGCGAUCAAAGAUAUGCUGUUGAUCGCUAUGACGUUCUGUGGAUUCGUUGUACUCACUAAUUUGAGUUUGGCGCAUAACACUGUGGGAACUUAUCAAGUAGCGAAGAUGUUGACCACCCCAUGCGUAGUAAUAAUGCAGAUGGUGUUCUAUAAGAAGCACUUUAGUAUGCUUGUCAAGUUGACAUUGAUCCCUAUUAUAUUGGGCGUAGUAAUUAAUUUUUACUAUGAUAUACAGUUCAAUAUUAUUGGAACUAUAUAUGCAACACUGGGAGUGCUCGUAACGUCUUUGUACCAAGUGAUGGUAAAUAUAAAGCAGAGAGAAUUUCAAAUGGAUCCGAUGCAAUUGUUGUAUUACCAAGCACCUCUGUCUGCCAUUAUGUUGUUCUUUAUCGUGCCAUUUCUAGAACCCAUGGAGCAAACAUUCGCACAUAGUUGGUCUCUGAUAGAUAUUCUUAUGGUUGUGCUAUCAGGCGUAAUAGCAUUUUUCGUCAACUUAACUUCCUAUUGGAUAAUAGGAAAAACUUCUCCACUGACUUAUAACAUGGUUGGACAUUCCAAAUUCUGCCUGCUGCUUCAAGGUGGAUCUUUAAUGUUCCACGAAACAUUAGCCAUUAAUCAAGUGAUCGGUAUCACUCUGACCCUGACUGGAAUUAUUUUAUACGCUCAUGUUAAAAUGAGGGAUGCUCGGACUGCGAUACCAUCCUACAAAGAGAAGGAAAGGAAGCCGCUGCAUAAAGUAUAGUUUUGUAUGACAAUUUAUAUUAAAUAAUAAAAGAAGAAGCGAUGGAAGUAU